AUGCCUGCUGUUCAAGCCAAUCAACAGGAGGUUGUGAGCCGGGAAUCGACACCCUCACUGUCGGAGAACUGCCGGUGCAGUUCAAGCUCGGCAACUGGGAAGCGCUCGGCCGUUGCGUGCCAACGAUGCAACCAACGCAAGACGCGAUGCACAGCCGGGGAGGGAAUGCCAUGCGUAGGCUGUGCGAAUGCCCACGUACAGUGCGUUCUGAUAAAGUCCAACCGCGGGAAAUAUGCACGCAAGAACCGCGCCAAGUCUCGGCGGAGCUCUACCGAGGCACCCGUUCCAUGCCCGCAAACAGAGACCUCCAACCUCAACACGCUGCAAGAGCAGCCAAGCGACGAAGAGACGGCACUCGAUGAGGAAGAAGAUGUACCCGAGACACUUCAUGCCAGGAUAGCCCAAGGCGUGGGCAGACAACAAAAUGGCCCUGCCGACACUGGAAAGCUGGUCUUCCUAGGCGAAGCAUUCAGUCUGACCUACGUGGUGCACGACGUCCUCGCCCCUUUUUUUGCACCCGCGCCUAAUUACGAACGGAGACUGCAUUUCCAUCUCGACAGCCGUGGAGCGGGCCGUGCUGCUGGUGAGGCCAGGGCUGUCUCAACGAGCCAACAGCGUGAAUACCUCAAGAAACAAGGCCUGCUCUUCAUGCUACCCACCAACGUUUUAGGUCAGCUCCUCGAAACCUUCUUCAGCAGCUUUCACCCGGUGUUUCCAAUCCUGGGCCCCGUUCAGCUUACACCAGAGGCCCAGAAAGGAGAAGUGUCUUUGCUGGUCCUCAAUGCCGUCCUUCUUAUUGCUAUCAGUAUUUGUGACAAGGCCACCCUGCGCGCAGCCGGGUUCCAAGAUCAACGCUACUCUGGCCGUGCUAUCUUCUACAGUCAGGCGCAUGCUCUCCAUAACGCUGACCUGGAGCCGGAGAAGAUUAGCACUCUCGUUGGCAUGUUCUUCAUGAGCUUCUGGUGGGGAGGUCCAGAUGAGGUCAAGGACUCCUUUCACUGGUUGGGAGUAGCCGCCAAUCUUGCCCAAGCCCUUGGGCUUCAUCGCUCUACCCGGAACUCUGGCAUGGAUGCUGCGACCACCAGACGAUGGAAACGGAUAUGGUGGGCGAUCCGCACUCGUGACACCUUGGUGAGCGGUUCCAUCGGACGACCCCAACACAUCAAUGGUAAUGACUGUGACGUCGAAGUACUCGAAGAGUCAGACGUGACAGAAGUUCUCAGUAGCUCCGAGGAGCGAAGGCUGUAUUCGUGUCAAAUGGCCCGUCUAAAUGAGAUAUCAAAAUACUCACUUCGCGUUAUUCUCCAGUAA